UAGACUUGGGCAUCUGGUACAACAGAGGAGGAAUGUGAGAGUUACUUUGUUUAUACUGACAGUGAUUAGCAGAAAGAGCACUUGAGGGUAUGUGUUUCCCAUGGCUAUAGCAUGGUGUUCAAAGAAGCCACCAACCAAUAGUCACAUUGUCGACUACAGAAGUCUGAAUAUGUGGUUGCCUCAUCUUGUGUUUGGUUCAAACGAAUGUUAAAGGAGGAAGGAUGUGAGGUAGAAGGGAAGCACUGUCAACAAUCAAGCUCUAACAACUCAUUUUCUACGAGACCUAAUUAAUGAUGGAGAGGUAAGCUUGGAGCAUUGUGGGUCAGAUGAAAAAACUGCAGACAUUUACACAAAACCACUAAAGAUAGAGAGAGAGAGAUGCUGGAGAAGAUGAGAAAUAGAUUUGAGAUUCACUUUUUAGGGAAGCUAAAACUUAAAAUAUCAAGUUUUAGUUCAGGGAAGUUUUGCUGAAGCAAAUCAACAGAUAAUAUAGUAGGAGCAGGUUGUGUUGGUAAAAAAAAAAACUGUUUUUGGGUUAAUUAAUUGGAGAAGCAUAGUAUUCAAGCUCUGUGAGAAGAUGUACCACUAGGAUACAAGCUCUUAUCGGUGUUACGAGUUUGCAUUAGUCUUUGAUCAAAUAAAUAAUGGCUGAGUCUUUCUUUCAGUCUAAGUUGUUUACGUCCUAUAAAAAAGCUUCAAGCUUUUGACGUUUGUCUCAAGAAGGGAGUAAACUCAGAUGAAGAUGGGACCUGUACAAACUCCAUCACUGAUAGUAUACAACAAGAUGCUCAAAUCUUUCGCCGACACCAAAACCUUCACCAAAGUCUUGUCUCUGUUCGCUGAACUGCGACGAAACGCCUUGUAUCCCGACAAUUUCACCUUACCAAUCAUUCUCAAAUCAAUCGGACGCUUGAGGAACGUUGCGGAAGGCGAGAAACUCCACGGCUACGCUCUUAAAUCCGGGCUGAACCUCGACCCUUACGUGUGUAACUCGCUCAUGGGAAUGUACGCUGCGCUGGGUAAGAUGGAGAUCGCUCGCAAGGUGUUCGACGAAAUGCCUCAACGAGAUGUUGUUUCUUGGAACGGCUUGAUUUCUAGCUACGUUGGACACGGGAGGUUUGACGAUGCCGUCGCUGUUUUUAAGCGGAUGAGUAAGGAGAGUGACUUGAAGCCUGAUGAGAGCACGAUCGUGAGCACGCUCUCGGCUUGUUCUGCUUUGAAGAAUUUGGAACUUGGUGAAGUGAUUCACAGGUAUGUUGUUGCUGUUGGCGGAGAGUUUGAGACGAGUGUUAAGAUUGGGAACGCUUUGGUGGAUAUGUUCUGUAAAUGCGGGUGUCUAGAUAAGGCUAGAGGGGUGUUUGAGUCGAUGAGAGUGAAAAAUGUUAAGUGUUGGACAAGCAUGGUCUGUGGGUAUGUUAGUAACGGUAGGAUUGAUGAGGGUAGAGAGUUGUUUGAGACGAGUCCUGUGAAAGAUGUUGUUCUGUGGACAGCUAUGAUGAAUGGGUAUGUUCAGUUUAACAGGUUUGAUGAAGCACUCGAGCUGUUCAGGCGGAUGCAAAGCCAAGGUGUUAGACCUGAUAACUUCGUGCUUGUCUCUCUCUUGAAAGGCUGUGCUCAGACGGGGGGCCUGGAGCAGGGGAAGUGGAUCCAUGGGUACAUAUGUGAGAACAGAGUUAGAGUGGAUAAAGUGGUUGGCACUGCUCUUGUCGACAUGUAUGCUAAAUGCGGGUGCAUAGAGACAGCUCUAGAGGUUUUCUACGAAACUAGAGAGAGAGACACUGCUUCUUGGACAUCGCUUAUCUACGGUCUUGCCAUGAACGGGAUGUCAAGGAGAGCGAUGGACUUGUACUACGAGAUGGAGAACGGGGGUGUUAGAUUAGAUGAUAUAACCUUUGUCUCGGUGUUAACAGCCUGUAAUCACGGUGGAUUUGUAGGAGAAGGACGUGGAGUUUUCUAUUCGAUGAGCAAUGUACAUAAGGUCAGGCCUAAAUCAGAGCACUAUAGCUGUAUGAUUGACCUACUAUGCAGAGCUGGUUGUUUAGAAGAAGCAGAGGAAUUGAUUGAUGAGAUGAGAGAUGAAAGCGAUAAAACUUUGGUUCCUGUGUACUGCUCUUUGCUAAGCGCUGCUCGGAACUAUGGGAACGUGGAGUUAGCUGAAAGAGUAGCGGAGAAGCUGGAGAAAGUGGAAGUUAGUGAUUCGAGUGCUCAUACUCUGCUGGCCAGUGUAUACGCAUCUGCCAACAAAUGGGAAGAUGUGACGAAUGUGCGAAGCAAAAUGAAAGAUUUGGGAAUCAGAAAGUUUCCUGGUUGCAGCUCUGUGGAGAUUGAUGGGGUUCCUCAUGAAUCCAUUGUUGGAGAUACAUCAUCAUCAUCAUCAUCCCACCCAAAAACGGAUGAGAUUAAAUACAAUGCUGUAUCAAACUACAAGUUGGAUGUUGAGUUUGGAACAUGAAGUAACUGAAAGUUGACACUUUCUUGUGUUAGAUAACUUAUUAGGCAACGUAAUAGCAAAAGCUGAUCUUUUUACAUA